ACAUUAAACAAAGCGGCACCAAAAAAAGUUCCUAGUCUGAUUGGGGAUUUAUUGAUGUACUUUGUUUACAAGGUCUGUCAAAAAGAAAUUUUCUAGCUGAGGCCAUGUCUGCUAAACGUGAAAUUGAUGAAGUUGAGGAGGCUGAAGAAUCAGGAAGUGCCCCAAAACAAAUCAAAGCGGACAGUAACGGAGGGAAAGCUAAAUCAAAGAAAGUGAAGGAUUCGGACGACGAGAACGGCGUUGGAAGCGAAGCGGAAGAUGAUGAAGACAAAAGUGACACCGAGAAAGAAGACGAUAUACCUUCAGUGCCGGUCGAAAUACCAGAGAAAGAAAAAGGGAAAGUUCUGGGACCUGAGGGAACUGGAGUGGUCUUGAUCUGCGGAGGUACCAACUGGGAUGCAGCUGGACGUAAAACUGCACCAAAGGGAUGCAAGAACUCAGGACCCAAUCUAUGGUCCCCUCACAGGUUUUUACCUCUUGCAAACAUUCGUGUACGUCUCGUGGCAUCUGGCCCCAAUGCUGCUCAUAGCAUUGUGAUAACUGAAGAAGGCAAAGCUUACAGCUUUGGACGAAAUGAGAAGGGACAGUUGGGUCAUGGAGACGAAGUUCGUAGAGACACACCAUUGAUCAUAGAAUCUGUCAAAGAUGAAGUUCUUGUUGGAGCAGCAUGUGGCAGAAAUCACACUCUUCUUCUUUCAGUCAAUGGAGAGGUAUUUUCUAUGGGAGACAAUAAAAAUGGUCAGUGUGGUGUGAAAUCGUCCUCCCAAGCUACUGUUCCAACUGCAACUUCAAUCUCAUAUAAAGGAGCACCUAUUGUCAAAGUUGGCUGUGGUGGUGAAUUCAGCAUAAUAUUGGAUUGCAAAGGUGCUAUGCAUUCCUUUGGACUUCCGGAGUAUGGGCAGCUUGGUCACAAUACAGAUGGGAAGUACUUUGUUACGAGUACCAAGAUGGGUUUUCAUUGUGAGAUGACUCCAAAGCGCAUUGUAUGCUUCAUUGAAAGAACCAAGGAUGGUAAAAUCAAGCCAGUUGAUGUUGAUGAAAUCAGAGAUUUUUCAUGUGGCACAAAUCAUACUUGUGCUAUUGACUCUCGUAAGCGGCUAUUCUCCUGGGGAUUUGGUGGCAUAGGCCGCUUGGGACAUGCUGAGCAGAGGGAUGAAUUUGUGCCAAGACUCAUCAAGUUCUUUGACUCUCAAAAUAGAGGUGUUCGUAAUGUUUGGUGUGGAUCUUCCUACAGUCUUGCUAUCAAUGAUUUUGGAGUUAUGUAUAUGUUUGGACAAAAUAAGCGCACUGGAGAGGCCAACAUGUAUCCAAAGCCAAUCCAGGAUCUGACUGGCUGGAAUGUCCGAUCUGUUGGAGUAUCCAAUACAAGUAUUGUUGUUGCUGCUGAUGAUAGUGUAAUUUCGUGGGGACCAAGUCCUACCUCCGGAGAACUGGGUCUUGGUGAAACUCGUAAAUCAAGCACAACACCCAUUGAAGUCAAAAGUUUCGAUGGAAUGUAUAUUGAACAGGUUACUUGUGGUAUUGCACACACACUUUUCAUCGUCCGAGACAAAUCAGAUGAAGACAAACAGAGAAUUGAGUCUUUUGAAGGAUAUAUGCCUGCUUAAACCAGUACAGGUAAAUCGGAUUGAAUAUUGCUAAUCCCUGUAACUCUAAGAUGAUUAUCUGGAGUACAAUUUUACAUGGUACUCAUUAUCCUUUAUCCCUGUGGAAACAAUUUUAAAAGUUACUUGUUUGUUCCAAAUGAAACAUUGUACCUUAUGCUCUAUAUGUGUGGGUAUGAUUAAGGCUGCUUAUCAUUCAGUCAAUUUUACUUACAAUUUUUAUUGUUGGUUGUUAAUGAGCAUGGUUAGCACAUUUUACUGCUCCCUAUUGUGAUCAUAGGGGCUAUCUUUACAGUUUCUACAGUUUCAAUAAUUUAUUUGUAUAUUGUCCUCUCACUAAUGUGAGUCAUAUGCAGCUUCUAUUUAGCGUAUAGUUGUUGUAUCUCUCCCCCAAGCCAAAUGUAAACAUUCAUCCUUCAGAUUCUAAAAAUUCAUGUUUUAUUUCAUCUUUUUGUUUUUUUGUUGGUCUAGUGUGGUUUUCUGCCUAGACUGUUAAGAAGCUUUAUGAAAUUGAUUUAACUCUCUACUUAUCUCCCCAACAAUGCAUUGUGUAAUGAAGUUUUCUGUUUCUUAUACUUAGUACAAAUAUUUUUUUCAUUUUCCUCACUAUAGUCUUGUAUUUUAUAGUGGAUAUAAGGAUAGAGAAUCAGUGUUCUGUUCUGGGCUUGGCAUUCUAACUACAGUCUAACAUUCAUUUCCUAGUUGUUGUUUUUUUACAUUUUUUUAAUUCAUCUAUUCUUGUGAUCUUAUGUAUUAAUUGACUUUGUGAUGUUAGUUCAUGUCAUUGUACACCAUCAGUUUUGUGGUUUGUUAGGUAAAAUAUAAAUUGCUGUCAUUAGAGAGCAAAUAUUCCUAGGGGUACAUGAAAUUUAAAGGAAGCAAUCAGCUAUAAAGCUUCAGCAUUUUUUAAAUUGAGGAAAUACAACAUCAUUAAAAGUGCUGGUUGUCAAUGUGGAGUCAAAAGAGAGUUCGAGUAGUGUGGCUGGAUUAUUUGUUGGCUCUCAUGCUGGUGUUGUUUGAACUCGUCCGGUUGGACUCAAUGUGGCACAAUGUGGCAUUUUUUGCAUUUUGCUGUCUGAAAUCGCAAUGAAUAUGGGCCGGAUAACAGCAUGAAGGACAGCCCAAGUUUACUUAAUUGUUUUUAAAACUGAAAAAAACUUCAUGCAAUUUUGUGUCUGUAAUAUGCAUUGUAGUACCACUCAAAGCACAAUUUAAUUUAAUAUUUCUCUAAUAUCAAAACAUUGACUCUUUUGGAUUAAGUUCUCCACAAGCCACAAAAUUUUGGAACUACCAUAUACAUUUUGAGAAAGCUGAUGCAAACUAUACAGACCUCCUCCCACGCUAAUACUUCAUUCAAUUUCUUAAGUUUUAGAGCUGCCUUUUGUUCCAAAUUGUGAUAAUGGGCUAACUUUUUUUAUUUUAGAGACAACAUAUGUAAUUUGAUGUGAUUUUUCUAUUUAUUUUUCCUAUCAUAUUUUCUUCAGCGUAAUUCUCUGGCAUAUCAUCCAUAGUUUACCUCAACAUUCAUUUCUACUUUUUGUUAGAACUUUCGUACUAUUUCAGGGCACAUCUGAGAUAAAUGGUCUGUGUGUCUGUAAUUUAUACCAUAGCAUAGUUGCUUUGCUUUCUAGCAAACUUUAGGUCACAAAAUUAUUUUACAAUUUCUUAUCUUGUGUGUUGUGUGCAGUUAAACUCUUAUGAUAGCUAAUUGGUUGAGGUGCGACCCUACAAUUAGUCUGGCUCUCUUACUUUUGAGAGGGUUUUUGUUUGCUACAUGAUUACAUAGUAUCCUUCCUUGUAAAGGUUAGUGUAAGUAAUGUGUAGAGUACCUAGAUUCAUUCAUUCUUUUUGUAUCAGUAUUAAAUUAAAACUACUACCACUAUUUGCUGUGGAUAAAGAUCUCAAUGGGUGGUAUUGUUCUUAUUAUCAAUACUCCGAAAGAAAAUUGACGUGUAAAUGCAAAUUGGACCAUUUUAUACAGCUAAAGAAAAUGGUAUUACAUGAUCGUGCUUAGCCUUACAAAUUGAUUGUACUGAUCCCUUAUACCGGUAAUAUUGGCUUUAUAUAAGUUGGACUUUGAACCACAUCUACCUCUUAUUCCUCAUCAAGUAAUAUUGUUGUGUUUUAUGGACUUUAUGGAUCUUGAUCUGAAGGUUCAAUGAUUCAGUUUGGCUCUUUACUUGAGCUUGCCGCUCUAAAAUAAAUUCCAUAUGUAUGAGGCUUCAUACAGGUUACACAUUAAGAAACAUACAGGGUGUGCUCUCCAUUAUUCACUCCUCAGUAUGUUGCUCAAUGUGUAAACGUCCUUUAAUUAUUUUCCUGUGGCUGGGUGAAAAUGUGGGCAACUUGCAUAACAUUAAUUUUAAAAUGGCUCAUGGUUCUUGAGCUUACUUUGAAAGAAAGCUCCUUUUCUUUUUGUGUAUACAUCUUAAUCUUGCCAACUCAUGUAUUAUUUUCUAUUUUAUUCAGUAGUUUUAGAUCAAUCCUUCCUGUUUUCUUUUUACUACUCAAAUGUUGUAAAUAAUGGUCCAAUGAACACUUGUAUGCAUUUACCCUACUAAUGUCUGUAAUUUCAUUCUUAUAUGUUCUGUAGACAUAGGCUGUAUUUUUUUAUACUUUACCCUUGUGCAGUACUUAAUGCAUUAUUGCAAUAUGCAACAUAUUUUGAUACAUGAUGCUAAAAUAAUUAGCAAUUUUUGGAGAUAUGGAAAUAUUAAACGAGACUUGGUUUUAAAUAA